AUGGAUGGAAGAGAAGGAAUGGCUUCAUAUUACCUCAAUAGAGGUGGUGGGGUUGGUGGGUCUAAUUCAGGGUCUGGUGUAGGAGUUGGUGUUGUUGGGGGCGGUGGGGGUGGGGGCUCAAUGACCCCAACAGGGGUGCCCGCACCUCCUGGUUAUAAGACCCUUACAAACCCUAACAUUUCAGUGCAGUCAAAUGUAGGGGGUGGUGGUGCUCCUAUGGGCUCCGCAUUCCAAGUAGAGAACCCUUCACCCAGUUAUGCUCAUGGCAUUACUAUGUCCAUGGCUUCUACUGUUACACCUGUUGAAACUGUGAAGAAGAAGAGAGGGAGGCCUAGAAAGUAUGGCCCUGAUGGGGCUGGGGCUAAUAUGGCUUUAGGAUUGUCUCCCCUCUCUUCUACGCCAUCCCCGGGAUCAAUCACGCCUGGGGGCUCCAAAAAAAGUCGGGGGCGGCCGCCUGGUAGUGGAUGGAAACAGCGAUUGGCUCCACUUGGUGAUUGGAUGAAUAGUACUGCUGGACUAGCUUUCACACCGCAUGUCAUUCAUGUUGGAGUUGGAGAGGAUAUUGCUGCAAAGAUAUUAUCAUUUGCACAACAGAGGCCAAGGGCUUUGUGCAUUUUGUCAGCUAAUGGUUCGGUAUCUGCUGUAACACUCCGGCAGCCAACAACCUCUGGUGGCACUGUAACAUAUGAGGGCCGUUUUGAGAUAUUAUGCUUGUCUGGUUCCUAUUUGCUUGCUGAAAGUGGUGGCCCUCGUAAUAGGACUGGUGGUCUUAGCAUAUCUGUAUGUAGUCCUGAUGGGCAUGUCAUUGGCGGUGCAAUAGGGGGUAGGCUUAUAGCCUCAAGCCCAGCUCAGGUCGUGGUCUGCAGUUUUGUAUAUGGUGGUACCAAGGGAAAGAGCAAAUCAGAAGCUAGUGAUAAAGAUGACAAGAGCAUAGUACCCAAGUCUGAAGACAAGUCAUCAGCACUGGGUAGUGGUGCUCCUGGUCAGGAUCCUACAGGAAACUCUGGAGCAGGUGGUUGGCCUCCUGUUUCCCGGCCAGACUUGAGGAAUCCCCAGACAGAGAUUGACCUGACGCGCGGAUGAUACAAUUGCUGCAAUCAACACAUGGCAAUUUUUGUAUAUAUGUGUUGUUGUUGUAAAUGAAACGGGGAGAGAGAGAGAGAGAGGGACUCUUUGACUUAUGGUGCGACCACCAGUAGGCAAUGAUGGUUUGUGCUAACAUAGCCUCUUGUAACAAAGCUGCCCCCCCUUCUUAGUGUUUUUUUAGUAGUGAAUAGGUGGUCAUGGUUGGCGCUGGUAGAGCGCAUAUUAUGGCUGCUUGUAGCGGUGGUUAAAUAUGAUGGUCUUCGGCAUAAAACUUUGGGAGCUCUCUCAACAAAUUGAUUGGAGUACCAAUUUGGGUCUACAUUACUGUUGUAAUUGGAUUUCUUGAGAUGCAGAACUCAAAUCAAAUUGCGGGUUAACUGAAUUUUUUGGGGCUAAGAAGAA